AAAAGACUAUGCUACCCUUCCCUCACCCUUUUUUCAAUUUGAGCUUCGCUCGCUGUUUCUCUUUCGUUCUCGCUCUGACCGGGAAAAGAAAAACCAGCUUUCUUCAAGCACCUAGAUUUCCUCUCUCUCUAAAUGGCGUUCUCUUCUUUUCUCGGCAGAGUCCUCUUCGCCUCCGUUUUCAUCCUCUCCGCUUACCAAGAAUUUAAUUCUUAUGGAGUUGAUGGGGGACCCGCAGCAAAAGCACUCAGACCGAAGUUUGAUGCCUUUGCACAUCAAGUACAUUCUAAAGUUGGCUUUCAACUUCCAGAUAUUGAUAUGAAAUUUUUAGUGGCUGGGGCUAUUGCUCUCAAGGGCCUUGGAGGGAUUCUUUUCAUACUCAGCAGCUCUUUUGGAGCUUUCCUUUUGCUUUUGCAUCAAGUGAUCACUACUCCAAUACUGUAUGAUUUCUACAAUUAUCACAGCGAGGACAAAGAAUUUAUCCAACUUUUCAUCAAAUUUACUCAGAAUAUGGCUCUCUUCGGGGCAUUGUUGUUUUUCAUUGGGAUGAAAAACUCUAUUCCUAGAAGGCAACCCAAGAAGAAGGCUGCCAAAACAAAAACAUAUUAGUUGAAAGGACUUCUCGGAUUGUUCCUGGUUGCUCAUUAUACCCAUUUUCCAUUUCUCCAGGAUUUUGGCUUUGGUCUCUGUCUGGUUCAGAACGAAUGUACCUUCUGUCCGAUGGAUUAUGUAUAAUUUAUAAUUAUUUAUAUAUGUAUGCUAUUUUUCCGUUUGCUUGACAUUAGAAACUGUCUUUCGAUUACUAAACUUGUAUACGAAGAGGGGGAAAAAUGAUCAUAGCCUGUUCAUUCAGACUGGGUGUCAAUUUCGUUCUGUCCAACGGAUUUGAUCGAAAGGUGAAGUCUGGCACUUGCAGUUGCUAUUGAACUAAGCUUGAUCUUCACGUUGUCACAUGGAUUUGUGUUUCCUAUUUUUUAUUCAUUUGGUUCUUUACUUGGUAUGGUAAUGGAAAUGUAUGCUCGAGUUUUUCA